GGUAGUAGGGGUCUUCAUUCGAUUUCUUCACUCAACAAGCGCACACAGAGUGAAUGGAAGUAAAGCCAAUUACGACUUUUGUUCCGAAGGCUUGGCGUUUGUUUAGUCAUCAAUCGACAUAGCAGAAAGCGACAAUUUUGCUUGUUCAUCUUAAACCGCCGAAAACCCCCUAAAACUGCAUUCAACUGCAAAGCUUUCUCCUUCAUAUUCUGCUUCUUCUCCGCCUGCACGGGUUCUUUGUCACCACAGAAACGGAUUUGUUUCUCAUGAAAUCUGGGUUCCCCUGAGUUGUUUCUUUGUGCGCAUUGAGGCUUUUCGGCUUUUCUGAUCCGUUUUCUUCUGGGUCCGGAGUUUCUAUUAGGGCAUGAUGCAUUAUCUUUUUAAUACAUCGACCCCCUGGACCAUUCAGUUGAAUUGUGGUGUUUUGUGUCCCUGGAUAGCAAGGAACGCAAUCCAGAUCCUCAAGAAUGGGGAUCCCAAGCCGGGCAUGAAUUCAGUUAAAAUAAUUUAAAAUUAGGAGACAAUAUGCCAGCAGUGUGGUGACAAAGGUUUUGAAGAUCUUUUUGUUUACUGUGUCAAGUGCCUGAAUUUUGCAGUGCAUUACUACUGUUUGCCUGAUAUUCCAGAAACAUUUGAUAAACUUAUCAAUUGGUUUUGUGAUGAUUGUGAACUGAAGUCUACAAAGCAAUCUCCUCCUGUGAAACCUUGCUCUAUCCCAUCUAUGGAAAGUGAUCCUGUUAUUUCCAGAAAUGUUAAAGCAGUCCAUUCUAAAAUUAAAUCAAAGAAACGGGUUGCUACUUGCUGUGUAGUGGAGACAGAGGAGCAUGAAUUUUCAUGUGAUUUGAAGGUGAGUAGUUGCGUGGCCUCUAAGGAGGAGAACAGACAUCGAUGUAGUCCUGUCCUCCAUCCUGAGUCAGAUAACAGGAUUGCCUUGGCUGAUUCUACACAAUUAGUUGGUGAUCCUGUUCUUUCCGAAAGUGUUAAAGCAGUCCAUCCUAAAAUUAAAUUGAAGAAACAGGAUGCUACUUGCGGUGUGGUGGAGACAGAGGAGCAGAGACUUUCAUGUCAUCUGAAGGUGAGUAGUUGCGUGGCUGCCGAGGAGAAAAGGCAUCGAUGUAGACCUGUCUGCCAACCUCGGUCAAAUAACAAGAUUGCCUUGGCUGAUUCUACACAGUUAGUUGGUGACUGCCAACCUGGGUCAAAUAACAAGAUUGCCUCGGCUGAUUCUAUGGAAUUAAUUGAUGAUCCUGUUGUUUCUGAAAGUGUUAAAGCAGUCCAUUCUAAAAUUAAAUCGAAGAAACAGGAUGCUACGUGCAGGGGGGUGGAGACAGAGGAGCACAAACUUCCAUGUGAUUUGAAGGCGAAUAGUUGCAUGGCCACCGAGGAGGAGAAAAGGCAUCGAUGUAGCCCUAUCUGCCAACCCGAGUCAAAUAACAGUCUUGCCUUGGCUGAUUCUACAAAAUUUGUUGGUGAUCCCGCUAUUCCCAAAAGCGCUAAAGCAGUCCAGCCUAAAAUUAAAUCGAAGAAACAGGAUGUUACUUGCUGGGUGGUGGAGAUGGAGGAGCACAGACUUUCAUGUGAUUUGAAGGCAAGCAGUUGCGUGGUGAAUGGGGCGAAAAGGCAUAAAUGUAGCCUUGUCUGCCAACCUGACUCAGCUAACAGGCUUGCCUUGGUUGAUUCUACAAAAUUAGUUGGUGAUCCUGUUGUUUCAGAAAGUGUUAAAACAGUCCAUCCUAAAAUUAAAUCAAAGAAACAGGAUGGUAGUUGCAUGGUGGUGGAGACACAGGAGCACAGACUUUCACAUGAUCGGAAAGUGAGUAAUUGUGUGGCCACCAAGGAGGAGAAAAGGCAUCAAAAUAGCCCUGUCCUCCAACUGGGGUCAGAUAAGAAGAUUGCCUUUGCUGAUUCUACGAAGUUAGUAGGCAAUUAUUCUUUAAAAUCAAAAUUAAAUAUGAGAAAAGGAGCUACUCAAACAGUAGUCAAAAUAGGAAAUCAAAUGAAAGAAGGUGGCUCUUCCCAGAGGAAUGGCGUGGCUGAGCGGGCUCCAUUGGCAGGUGGACAUAAAUUAAAGAGGAAGAAAAAGUAUGUUAUACAUUCAGUUACUGAGACUGAGGAACAUAAAUAUCCAAAUCCAACUCAGCAACCUUCCAAGUCACAUAAAGAGCCAAGUCAAAGCAAGAGUAUCCACUCAUGGAGUGAUGAUCUUGAAAAUGAUGUGGCACUUGGGAGAAGGAGAACAAUGAUUCUUGAGGAGGGCUCUGCACUUAGCAAAAUGGCCAGGUCAGAGUCAAUUAGAAUUACUGAUUCUCAAACAUCCAGUGGUGACUUGUCAAUAGGAGCAUGCAAUUACCAGCCAGCACAACCGGUUGUUGAUUCAAUUUGGAGGGGCAGUUUUAGUACUAGAAACAAACUUAAUGUCUUCUUUGAAGGCAUUGCGGGCCAUUUGUCGAGCAAAGCAUGUCCAAUGGUGUGUGAGGCAGCUGGUUUAUUACCAGGGUCGCUCCGCUUGGAGAUGCUUCCGAAAACUGCUGUGUGGCCAAAGAGUUUCCAGAAAUCAGAACCGUGUGAUGACAAUAUUGCGCUAUAUUUCUUUCCUCUAAAUAGAAGGUACGAAAGUUUUUUCAACUACUUGGUGGAUGUCAUGAUGGAACAAGAACUUGCCAUGAGGACCACUGUUAGAAAUGCAGAGCUCUUAAUUUUCACUUCUAGUGAACUGCCAAGACUCUACCGGACAUUCCAAGGCAGGUAUUAUCUGUGGGGUGUGUUCAGGGCAAAGCAAGCUUCCUCCUCUCAUCCAGUGAAUGUUCAGAGGAUUACACAUCCAAACCCAUAUGGAGUAGGUGCUGGAGAGCGGAACGUUCAAAGUCCAAGAAUUUGGCUGCCAGGAGUCCAGUAGUUGGCAAAAGUAGCAGUGUGUGAUCUUGUUCUUGUUGAUGCCUUGCGUUCAUAUGAGAAAUAACUGAAAUCUUUUCCUCUUUUUCAUUGUUAUUUGGCCUGAAAAUACUGCUAUUUUAGGAGUUUCAUCAUAGGGCAAUUUUGGGAUGACUGCCCUUGCGCAGUCUCCUGUUCUCGUACCAUUAAUUAUGCAGGAAGAGAUAAAUCGCAGGUUGGACUUUUGGUUCUUGCGUAGGGGAGGAAUCGAACUCAUGAUUUACCGGACUACACCGGUAUAUCAUUCGUCCUUUUAUUUUCCGAUGUAUGCUCGGGCAAUCUUUGUUGCGUUAUAGGCAUGUUUGUUUCGGCGUUGUAGUGUUAAUAGCUGAUGAUGGUUUUGAAGGGUAAAUAUGAAUGAAUUAGCUGAUUGGAAGAGCAUGGUGUCAUGACCUGAUUACUCCCUGAAGUAGCCGUGCGGCAAUUAGAUCAAUUUAUCUUCCUUUGAAUGAUUCUAAUGACUUACAAGAAGUGACCUUUUGAGCUCCUUCGCUUUUGACGUUCUAACCUUUCAUGUUAUUCUUGACUCUUGAGUUCCAUUUUACCUGACUGUUUUUGUAUAAAAA